ACACUCGAGCGGACCAGCAGCAGCGGCAGCAGCAGACUCAACCUCAGCAUCAGCUACAGCUACAGCUCCAUCUCUAGAUACAGCCACAGCCAGCAGCAGUUCUCAGCCUCAUCCACAGCUUCAGUGGCCAAAAGCCAGCUAACAAUUCACGUUCCACGUUCGUGCGUCGGUUUUUGUUGCGGCGCGGCGCAGGGCUCUGAGCAGCGGACAAAAAGAGAAUUAUAGUAUUACAAAAAAAUAGAGCCAUAUUUGCCACGUUAUUUUAUUGCCAAAUUUGCUUAAGGCAUCAGGCGGGCCGGUCCACACAAAUAAAUUAAUCAAAGUGUUUAGUGCACAAACAAAGCCAAAUCUCAACAAAAAGAAAGAAUAGCUAAAACCCAAAACCAACAACCAACAACCGACAACCCACAACAGAGAGUAGAACUUUGAAGAAAGUGUCAAGUGCAGUGCACCACCCAAAAACAUGCCACAAAUAAUUAUCACAUCAAUAAAUGCAGUGAUAGUGCAUUGAACAAAAGAUAAUAGAUCAUAUCAUCAAAUAAUAUAAAACAAAGCCCGAUCGCAGAUCGCAGAGCGAAAAUUAUCGGGAAAAUUCGGCAAACCCAGCUAUAGAACUUUUUUAAUUUUCCGUUUUUUGUGCGCGUCCCUUGCACGCGUCAAACUUUCCCUCGCUUCUCCUGGGGACAGUGCGUCCGAAAGCCGGCAACAUAACGGCGCAACUAUUGAACAGCUUUCUGAAGGGUAGCCCCCACCAGACCACCAUUGACAUCAUGCAGAAGCUCUACGCGGAGCCGCCGCCCAGCAGCGGCGCUCCGGUGAGCAUGUCCUCUGGGGGCCCGCCGCCGAGUGGCCCUCCGCCCUCCAGCAUCAACAACAACCCGAACCCCACCUCGAACGGCGGCAGCAUGAGCCCGCUGGCCAGAUCCGCCUACACAAUGAACAGCAUGGGAAUCCCGGUGGGUGGCAUGUCCUCGGUAUCUCCCCAGGCGGCGGCCACCUUCGGCUCCAGUGUCCUCGACUCGGCGGCGGUGGCCAGCAUGACCGGCAGCAUGGGAGCGGCGGCUAUGAAUUCGAUGGGCGGCAACUGCAUGACCCCCAGCUCCAUGAGCUACGCGAGCAUGGGCUCUCCACUCGGGAACAUGGGCGGCUGCAUGGCCAUGUCAGCGGCCAGCAUGUCGGCGGCGGGCCUAAGCGGCAACUACGGUCCGAUGCCGCCUGGAUCGCGGGAAAUGGAGACUGGCUCCCCCAACUCGCUGGGCAGAUCGCGUGUGGACAAGCCGACGACCUACAGACGCAGCUACACGCACGCCAAGCCGCCGUACAGCUACAUCUCCCUGAUCACGAUGGCCAUACAGAAUAAUCCGACGCGGAUGCUCACUCUGUCGGAGAUUUACCAGUUCAUCAUGGACCUGUUCCCCUUCUACAGGCAGAACCAGCAGCGCUGGCAGAACUCCAUCCGGCACUCUCUGAGCUUCAACGACUGCUUCGUGAAGAUUCCGCGGACGCCUGAUAAGCCUGGCAAGGGAUCCUUCUGGACCCUGCAUCCCGACUCCGGGAAUAUGUUCGAGAACGGAUGCUACUUGCGGCGCCAGAAGCGUUUCAAGGACGAGAAGAAGGAGGCCAUUCGGCAGCUGCACAAGAGUCCGUCGCACAGCAGCCUGGAGGCGACCAGUCCGGGAAAGAAGGACCACGAGGACUCGCACCACAUGCACCACCAUCACCACAGCCGACUGGAGCACCACCAGCACCACAAGGAAGCGGGCGGAGCGUCUCUGGCCGGGGUGAAUGUAUUGAGUGCGGCGCACAGCAAGGAUGCGGAGGCCCUGGCAAUGCUCCAUGCCAACGCGGAGCUCUGCCUGGGACAGCAGCCACAGCACGUGCCGACGCACCACCACCACCAGCACCACCAGCUGCAGCAGGAGGAGCUGUCGGCCAUGAUGGCCAACCGGUGCCACCCGUCGCUGAUCAGCGACUACCACUCGUCGAUGCAUCCACUGAAACAGGAGCCCUCAGGCUACACUCCCUCCAGCCACCCAUUCUCCAUCAAUCGCCUGCUGCCCACAGAGUCCAAGGCGGACAUCAAGAUGUACGAUAUGAGCCAGUACGCCGGUUACAACGCCCUCAGCCCGCUGACCAACUCACACGCUGCCUUAGGCCAGGACUCGUACUACCAGAGCCUCGGCUACCACGCGCCCGCCGGCACUACGAGCUUGUGACACCACCAGUACCCCUUAGCUUAAGGGCGCGCGGAGCAGAUGCUGCGCUCGCAGCAGCAGCAGCACUUGCAGCAGCACCACCAGCAGCAGCAGGCGGCGCAGCAACUGACAUCCGCUUCAAAUACCACACCAACCACAGCACCCAAGGCCAGCAGCAAGUCAGGAUCGGGUUCGGGUUCAGGCUCCGGAUCGGGCUCAGGCUCAGGCUCGGGAUCAGUCUCCGCAUCGGCAUUGGCCACUGCCUCAGCAUCGGUCGUUAAUUACUCCCAGAAGCUGCAGCAGCAGCAACAGCAGCAACAACAGCAGCAGCAGCAACACCAACAGCAUCAGCAACAGCUGUUGCACAGCCAACUCUCGGCGGAGCUGCAGGAGGACUCCUCGAACAUCACCAGCGACCUCAGCGAGGAGCAACUGCAGCACCAGGCGGCACAGCAGCAGUACAACAAUUACCAGCAGUACGCGGCGGCCGCCAGCUACCGGAACUGGAAUCACAGCCUCACGUUCAAUGGAGCCGCCGCCCUGCAGAACCUCCUGUAGCCCUGGCCCCGCACAAGCGGCGGCUUUGUGGCACCCAAGGGCAUGGGCAUGGGCCUGUCAAUUAGCGAGUGCAGUUCCACUGGCUUUUAGCACCUGGGCGCAUCCUUUGAGCACGUGAGUAGCCAGCCAGCCAGGGUUAGGCUCGAGAUCAGGUUCGGGCCCACACACUUGUACAUAGACCCAUCGAACCCUUCUACUGCUAGCACUGUCUUAGCCUUUGCCUUUAUGUUUUUUCCUUUCCUUUCCAAUACCCGGUGUAUCGUUCUGUUGGGGAAACCAAGAAACAAGAAAAAAGUGAUGUAGUUGUAAGUGCAGCGAUCGGAGGCACCAAUCCAAUGUGGCUGCCCCCGUGCUCUAAGAACUUUUGUUAAAAUUUUAUGUUCUUUUGCUAAUACAAAAAUAUAAUUCCGUGCCAUUUGUUUUCGUUGUCGAAACAAGCAAUAACAAUCAAAGCGGUUAAAACUACAAAUUUAAACAUUUUAAAUGUAACACAGAGAAAGAGAGAGAGAGAGAGAUGGUAGGGAUACUAUCCUUAGGGAGAGAGAGUGAGCUUAGCGGGAUCGUGUGUAAUGUUCUGUCAGAAACGCUAAAACUAAACUAAAAUGUCCCAAAUAGAAGCGCAAAUACAAAUACUAAGUGAAACCUUUAUCCAAAGGCAAUCGAAUUCGAAUCGCAAAUGAUCAAAAACCAAAAAACUAAGCCCUAUAUCAUCAUAUAUUCAGCAGUCCAGCAAAACACCCUAAGAAUCUUCAAAAUACAACAAGAAAUCUGGCCAUGCAUAGGAAACGUCACGUCUUAUACUAUAUAAUUUAUGAAAAAUUGUCAUUUAUAUACACACAUACGAGAAUAUCCACGGAUCGGGUAUGUGCAGAUAUAUCAGACUUCAUUUACAUUUACAUUGUGUGUCUUCUGUUGUUGUACGAAUUCGUUAGGCUUAGGCAUUUUUGUAAAUAAUCUAUAAAUAGUACGUAUUCCUAAGAGAGAGAACCCAACCCCCCACUAAAACCCUCUCCCCCCUCCACCAACAACAAUUUUAAACUAACUUGAGAAUUAAUCAAAUUGUAUGAAACUAUGCCACACCCUCACACUCACACACACACACAUGAAAUAAAAUUAAACAUAUAUAAAUAUUGUAUAGCAUUUAACAUUUAAUUAGCAUAAAUAACGAAGGCAGCACGCAAAAAAAAGCAUAAAAAAAGAAAAGAAUAUGAGAAUGCAAUUAUUAUUCAAUAAUUUUUAAUAUUAGUUAUAUUGUGCGUAAAGUAUGAAAAAAUUAUAAAAAGGACACAUUUUUACAUUGAGC